AUGUUGAUCGAUGGUCAGCUGUCAGUAUUAUUACUGACUUUCGCAACAAUAUCGGCGUCCCCGGAAGUACCGAACGACGAAUUCUUGAAGCGGGCAGCAGCACAAUUGGACCGUUUAUCUCAGUACAAAAACGUGAAGCUCGAAACAAAUGAUCUUCUGGAGCCGAUUCCGAGGCACGAGAGCUCACGAAUCAGGAACAGAAAUGAGGAGAAGAAAGGAGAUACCUUACAGAGAAAUUCGGCCUCAGAGCAGGAGAUCUUGCUAAACGAGGACGCAAUGAGGAGGAUCGACGAGCUUGCAACUAAUGCCUACAAGCUCUACAAUGACCCUAAUUAUGAAACAAUCAUGCGGGAGAGGAUAAAGAGAUCUGGCAGUGGCGAUUUCAUAUCUGGAAUUGCUGGGAAAGUAUUAAGUGGAGUUACCGGAUUAUCGGGAGGAUCUAGCGGCGGUGGUCAAGCUUACGAUUCCUACGGUGCACCAGUUCAGCCUUACGAACGACCUUUCACCAUCUGGGACUUCAAAAAGGCGAUAUUGAACACGGUAAUCCAAGCAGUAAAGGCGAUAGCGGGUGGCGCGAUCGCGUUCAAAGGUCAUCUGAUCAAAGGCGGUGGGUUCAUUGUUCAAACCGGUGGCAGAGUUAUUUCUUCAGCCGGAGAAGCCGCUGCUUCUUUGGGAUCUCAGUUAGCCAGUAGCGCAUUAAUCGCCCAAUCUCAGCCAGCAGCCUACAGUCCUCCCGCAGGAUAUUCUUACGACCCGCCUCAAAACCAUGAUUAUUCGUAUGACGGACCACCACCGAGCCACGACUCAUAUCAACCUGAUGGUUACAACAAUGGUCAAUAUAAUGCUGCAAAUGACGGUCCAGCCGAUGAACCGGGAUUGCUGGUAAUCAAACCGACGAAAGCCACUCAACCGCAACUUCAUCAAGAAGAUCCUCGGAAUAACUUUAACAAUUACCACCCCGAAAACAUGCAACCGCUUCCACUUGAGGAACCUUCAAAAACUGCCCAGCUGACCAAACUAAUUGGACUAGUUACUGGAACAUCUGGCCCAAUAAUCCAUCACAACAAUAACCACAAUGAUGAUAAUAACAAUAACAAUAAUUACGGACCGGAACAUAAAGAUCAAGAUCAACCAACUGCAAAUACUAAUGUUGUAAAUCACCCGCCAAAUUAUCAAAAUGAUCAAAGUUCUAGGCCAUCGCAGAUUUAUGGGAAUCCCGGGUACUCAGCAGAGCUGGCAACGCAGCAAAUUCAAUCUCUACUCAAUCCGUACUUGAACGUACCAAUUAAUGCACCGACAACUUUCAAGGAGCAAAGUUAUAAUUAUGCGAUGCCUUUGGAUUCCAACGUCUAUAAGAUUCCUAUUUUUGGACAGAACAAUAACAAUAAUAAUGACAUAAAUAUUGAUGCAGUAAGCAUGUCUGUAGGGGCAACAGGGUACGCGAACCCUAAUUUCGAAAUUGUUCCUAGUGUGCAGAUUGCGGAUUGGUCGAGGUCACUUCUACUUCCUGGUUCCAAUGCCAGAGGGCACAAGAAGUAUAAUACUCGUCGCCAUGUUUACGGAAAUAAUGAUAAUAGAUAUUCAAACAUAAACAAGCUGAGCCAUAAGCGCUCAAAAAUUUAUUUCAUGUUUUGA